AUGGUAAAAGGUGUUGUUAUGGUGCAUUUAACUGAUUUCAUUUUGUCUCUUUCCUCUCAGUCUCCUGUGAUCCAUGACUACACAGAGAUGGGCGUUCUGGUGUUGAACCGCAGAUUUCGGACACCAUCAGAUGAUAGACGAUUCCUGUCCGACCCCUUCCAGACGCAAACAGAGCCCGUGGACCUAUCCACCAACAGAGCCAGAACCUCCCCGUCACUUUCAGCAUCCUCAUCUUUAUCCUCGUCUCCCUCAUCAUCAAUACGAUUUUGUCCACGCUCCCCUCCUUCCAGCAAAUCACCGUCAUCAUUAUCUAUGCUUUCAUCCUCCUCCACUUCAGUUAUAACCCCUGUUCCUCGUUUGAAGAUGUCUCCAGUGGUGGCCUCUCCCCCGUCCAGGAGUCUCAGGGGGCAGUCGUUUUUGCACAUACCCCAGUUGAUGCCUCCUUGCUCCAGCCCAGUCCACCUCCACCCACGCCGGGUGCCGGUGGUGGUGCAGCCCAUGCCGCUGGUUUACCCUGGAGUGGGAUCGCUGGGGAACAGCAGGCUCAUGAUGCCGCUGCUGGAGGAAAACAGGAUGCACAGGAAAGUCACACACCGAAUGGCAGAUGGACUGUCACCUCGGCGAUCUUUGAGUGACAGCGAGGAUGAUGACCUGCCCAACGUGACCUUGGAGCGUGUGAAUGAAACGGGAUCCACUGCCCUGACUAUCGCCCGCGCCGUGCAAGAUUCCCUGUUGCCAUUCAGCAUCGAGAGCCUGCGGAGGCCCAGGCCUUCAGAGUCUCCUGACUCAAAGAGGAGACGCAUUCACAGGUGUGAGUUUGAGGGCUGCAAUAAGGUUUACACCAAGAGCUCUCAUCUUAAAGCCCACAGACGCACACACACAGGUGAGAAGCCAUACAAGUGUACGUGGGAUAACUGCACAUGGAAGUUCGCUCGCUCUGACGAGCUGACACGACAUUACCGCAAACACACCGGCGUCAAACCGUUCAAAUGCAGCGACUGUGACCGCAGCUUCUCCCGCUCAGACCACCUUGCCCUCCACCGUCGCAGACACGCCCCACAAACAUGCAUAGUGUGAAAAAGACGUUUGAUAGACAAUAUAAGCAGACAGAGCAGGUCUCUAUCUGCCAGUGUCACAUUCAGAAGGUCUGGAAUUACUCCUCGCACAACAAAGAGGUGAAAGACAUGGGGAUUUGACAGGAAUGAGAGUCCAUGUUGAAGAUGAGGUCCAUGUAUUAUGAGAUUCAUCUACAUUUAUCUACAUUUCCCUCGUAUGGUUUGUCUUCUGCACUUUUAUGUGAGGCUUAUUCAAAAAGGUGGAAGCCACAGAGUACUAACUAUUGAAAAGCCAUGUGCUGUUAAAGGUGCUGUAUACGAUUUUUACACAUAAAUACUAUAGAAUCAACAAGCAACUAUUUGCUAUGUAAUGAU